AUGAGUGACACGGCUCGGUCGUACGAGCACGAUGGCAAUGGCUCGGGCAGCUUUGAGGACGACGACGAUGCUGAGAUCGCCGACAUUUUGUGCCAAGCCAGCCUCAUCUCGGCGCACGCCAAGAAGGACCAACCGAUGACAGCGUCGAUGCCGGACUCGCCACCUGCGAUCACAGCAGACACAGCAGCGCUACUGGUCACAACGGUGCAGAACGCUGCCGCCAAGACAGCACCACUACCGCCGAGCUCGUUCACACCACCGACGCCGAGCUCCUCCAAGCCACCGACACCGAGCUCGUCGUCUGCGUCGCUGCGGGGUCGACAGAGCGAAAACAUUCAGACGAUUAGCCGGGCCAAGAACCGUGUGCAUACCAAAGUGGCGUCAAUCACAGCCGCCAAGCAGGCCCGCAGUGGUGCCAAACUCCCGACGACGGCGGUGCCAACGCCGGUUGCCGUUGACGCUGCAACAUACACGGCCCGUCUGCUGCCCAAGGAGACUAUCCACGCCUUGUCCAAGCCCAAGACCAGCUCCACGCAGCGUGCGUUUGCGUCCGACGAAGACGCGCGGCAGUGUCGGUUCCAGCCCAAGAAGACGCGGUCGCAGCUGGCGGCGAUGAAGAACCCGGCGUGCGGCUACGAUUUUGUCAACCAUUUUGACGACGAGGACAAGGCCGACGACUUUAUCGCGCGCAUGGAGGCCGCCGAGCACAACCGGCAAAAGCGGCUCCAGUCCACACGGGGCGAAGAAGAGUACAGCUUGCGCCAAAACAAGAAGCAGUGCCCGCGCUGUGGCAUGACGCAGUCGUACGCCGAGUUUCGCGACAAGAAGAAGCGCUGCACGUUCUGCGGCGUCCUCUUUGCCUUGCCCAAGGCGUGGGGCGACAUUGGGACGGACUUUCUCGAGCGGAUGGAGCUCAGUGUCGACGAGAAGAAGCGGCGUCACGAGGCCAUUCGCGCGCACGUCGUCGCCCUCGAAACGCAAUCGAAUCGCGUACCCAAGUCGGCCAAGCAGCGCUACUACGAGCGGGCGAUCGAGGCCAACACGUCGCACCGGGCGGUGCCGUCCACGCGCAUAGCGUUUGCUGAGGAACCCUAA